AUGGGAGGAGGUGAUCCUAUUAAAGAGGGAGAGAACGUUUCCGGUGUUUCGAAUGCGGAAAAUAAAAGGGUGUCGGACCCUGGUUCUUCCGAAGCGACGGUUACUCGAGGGGUAAAUUAUUCACCACAGUGUGAAAAAUUUAAUUAUCACUACGCUCACGAGAAAAACAUUCACUGCAAAAGCGAAUCAGACUGUCCCGGUAGUAACGAAGUGCUGAAAACACCAGGGCCUGGCAUCGACGUAGGAUUGACUGUUGAAUUAAACAUCGAGCCUGAAUUUUACUUCGCCUCAAUCCGAGAUUACCCAGCAGCAUUUAUAAUUAUUCACGGAUCUAAAGAUUUUCCAGAAACUGAUAUUCUGACUUUCACUGCUCAGGCAAACUACAAAGUAAAAGCCGUUAUUUUUGGCACAGUAAUUGAAGCUCUUGAUGAAAUGAAAACACUAACUAAAGUGCAGAGAAAAUGCAUUUUUCCUGAUGAAAUACCACAUGACUACAGCUAUCAGUCGUGUCUUUCUGGAUGUAAAUUGAAGAGAAUAAUGACAGCUUGUAUUAAUAUAUCAGAUCAGAUAACAAAUCUCUUUAAAAGACAGACACUUGAUAAUGGCAAGAUUCUCGAAAAAUGUUACUGCCAGCCAUUGUGCAAUGCAACUAAUUACAGCUUCUUAUCGCUUGAUAAAAAUGAUCUAUUUUAUUUAGAAAAUCCUACACUAUUUGCAAAAUUUAAUUUGUCAAUUGUUAAUGUUUUCUUUCGAGAUUUUGGAUACACUAAAUAUGAAAUGAGUCUCUUCUUAUCCUGGAACGAUCUUAUCGCACGCUUAGGAGGUAUCAUUGGACUUUGUUUGGGAGGAUCUAUCAUAAGCUUAAUGGAACCAAUUAUUUAUAUUAUAUUGACACCAUUUCGAAGAGUUCACCAUCGAGAAAUCAGGCCUCCUAGAGCAGAUCUUGAUAACAGCUUCGAAAGAGUUGAGGUACUUAUAAGAGGUGUCUAUGCUAAUGAGACUGUGACAAUACUUUAG